AUGCCCUUAAUUUCCGUGGAUGCUACCCAAGUCAACGAACGUGAUGGUUCUAUAUUGAAUCUCGGUCAAAAAUCAUUAGUCGCUAUCGAGUUGCGAAACUGGAUUACUCGCGAAUUUGAAGCACCUCUACAAUCUUCUGAGAUUAUGACAGAUCAGUGGACCUCACUGUAUCAACGAAUUCAAGAGGUUGGACCUGAGGUCAUAGCUGAUGCUUACGAACGUCAGAUGUACUUGGAGCGUCGAGAACCACUUCCCGAAAAUGGACCAUUUACUUUCAUCCACCCCAUAAAUGCACCACAAAGGUCGCAAGCAUGGCGCGCUGCAAUUGCACCCGACACGCUUCAUGGCGAGACUCUCACAUCUGAAGGGCGCAACUGGCUAUUUUACGCCACGCGUCUUCCCGGUAUUAGUGUGGAUAGCAUGAAGCACUACUCUCCCAAUCAUACCGUUGCCGUUCUCUGGCGCCGUCACGUUUUCGAACUGAAGUCUCAAAGUGCUGAUCAACCAAUAAAUGCUCAAGAAGUUUAUGCUGCCUAUCGCGAAAUUCGUAAAACAACAGAGGAAUUAAGAGAAUUGAAGAGGGAUUGUUGA